AUGGAAGAGGAAUUAGGCCAGCUUUUCGAUGCUCUUGCUAAAGAAGAAGUUCUUGAGGGUGAAAUUGGCUAUCAAAAGGCAAUCGACUUCGCUAUGCAGAAAGUUAAGCUUCCAAAUGGCUUUUCAAGAGAAGAUUUAAUUGACGUUCUUGAAAAUUUAGAAAAACCAGAGCAAUUCAGCAAAGAUCAAUUCAUCCCAUUCGCUCAAAACAUUGUCACACAGUUAAAGACAGAAAUUGCUCCUGAUCCAGAAACCCCAGAUCCUGAAGAUGAAGAAGUACUCAGAUUAUCACCACAGUUCAUUGCAGAGAGAUUAUCCGACCUCCAACCAGUCGAAGAAGGCUCUCUUUCAUUCGCAUUUACUUCUUUUUCAGUUGCAGAAGCAGAUAUUGUUGAUAUCUCUGCUUUAUCAACAUUUCAAGCUUUAUUCUACAUAUCACUCAAAACAAACUCUAUCUCAAAUCUUUCCCCACUUAAUGGUUUACCAAAAUUGAAAGAAUUAUACUUACAAGAAAAUAAAGUUGUUAAUUUCGAUGGAAUUAGCCUCCCAUCACUCGAAAUUCUCGAUCUAUCGCAGAAUAAAUUCUGUUCCCUUGGAGAAUUCAAUACUCCAAAGCUAAAGAAAUUAAAUCUUUCACAGAACGCUAUUAAGUACAUUUCACAGACUGCAUUCUCACAGUUAUCGAAUCUUGAAGAGCUUGACUUGUCCCAAAACAAGUUAAAGAACUUCAAAUUUGGAACUUUCGCUUAUCUUUCUAAUCUUAAGGUUCUUAAGCUCGAUCAGAACGCAAUUACAGAAAUACCAAUAAUAGUAUUUGCUGGUAUGGAUAAACUUGAAAAUUUGAGCUUCGGAGAGAAUGCGAUUGAAAAAUUCCCAGGAAUGGAGGAUCUUCCAGCUCUUAAAGUCCUCGAUAUGCAUCAGACUGCUAUACAGAACCUCGAAGACUUACAUGUUCUUGCAAAUCUUAAGAAUAUGAAUACAAUAAUUUUCGAUGGCACUCCAGUUACUUCUGUUGAGAACUUCAAGUCAGAUGUCAUUCUCAUGAUGCCGUGGCUUGAAAAGAUUGACGAAGAACCAAUUUCUUUCGCUGACAGACAAGAAGCCCUUAAUCUUGAAAAAGAAAGAAAAGAAGCAGAAGAACAAGCAAGAAGAGAGAAGGAAGAAGCAGAAAAGGAAGCUGCUGCCGCCGCCUCUGCUGCUGAAAAUGAAUCUACAGAAAAAGAUGCAACAACAACAGAAGAAACACAAGAUGGAACAACAACAGAGACACAGGAAACAACUGAAAAUGAAACAGGUACUUAUGAUGAAACAGGAACAUAUGAGAGCACUAAUUAA